CCGGCCCCCGACGGCCGCGCGUUGAGAUGACUUUCCGCGACCUCCUGAGCGUCAGUUUCGAGGGACCCCGCCCUGACAGCAGCGCCGGGGGCUCCGGCGCGGGCGGCGGCGGGGGCGGCGCGGGCGGCGCGGCCGCCUCGGAGGGCCCGGCAGUGGGCGGCGUGCCGGGAGCCGCCGGCGGCGGCGGCGGCGGCGGCGUGGUGGGCGCGGGCAGCGGCGAGGACAACCGGAGCUCCGCUGGGGAGCCAGGGGGCGCGGGCGCGGGCGGCGAGGUGAACGGCACGGCGGCCGUCGGGGGGCUGGUGGUGAGCGCGCAGGGCGUGGGCGUGGGCGUCUUCCUGGCCGCCUUCAUCCUCACGGCCGUGGCGGGCAACCUGCUGGUCAUCCUCUCCGUGGCCUGCAACCGCCACCUGCAGACGGUCACCAACUAUUUUAUUGUGAACCUGGCCGUGGCCGACCUGCUGCUGAGCGCCACGGUGCUGCCCUUUUCGGCCACCAUGGAGGUUCUGGGCUUCUGGGCCUUCGGCCGGGCCUUCUGCGACGUGUGGGCCGCUGUGGACGUGCUGUGCUGCACGGCCUCUAUCCUCAGCCUCUGCACCAUCUCGGUGGACCGGUACGUGGGCGUGCGCCACUCGCUCAAGUACCCCGCGAUCAUGACCGAGCGCAAGGCGGCCGCCAUCCUGGCACUGCUCUGGGCCGUGGCCCUCGUGGUGUCCGUGGGGCCGCUGCUGGGCUGGAAGGAGCCGGUGCCCCCUGACGAGCGCUUCUGCGGCAUCACCGAGGAGGCAGGCUACGCCGUCUUCUCCUCGGUGUGCUCCUUCUACCUGCCCAUGGCCGUCAUCGUGGUCAUGUACUGCCGCGUGUAUGUGGUAGCUCGAAGCACCACGCGGAGCCUCGAGGCGGGCGUCAAGCGAGAGCGCGGCAAGGCCUCCGAGGUGGUGCUGCGCAUCCACUGUCGCGGCGCCAGCACCGGCGCGGGCGCCGGCGCCGACGGGGCGCACGGGACGCGCAGCGCCAAGGGCCACACCUUCCGCAGCUCUCUGUCCGUGCGCCUGCUCAAGUUCUCCCGCGAGAAGAAGGCGGCCAAGACGCUGGCCAUCGUCGUGGGCGUCUUCGUGCUCUGCUGGUUCCCCUUCUUCUUCGUCCUGCCGCUUGGCUCCCUGUUCCCGCAGCUGAAGCCCUCGGAGGGCGUCUUCAAGGUGAUCUUCUGGCUCGGCUACUUCAACAGCUGCGUGAACCCGCUCAUCUACCCCUGCUCCAGCCGCGAGUUCAAGCGCGCCUUCCUCCGCCUGCUGCGCUGCCAGUGCCGGCGUCGCCGGCGCCGCCGUCCCCUCUGGCGCGUCUACGGCCACCACUGGCGGGCCUCGACCGGCGGCCCGCACCCCGACUGCGCUCCCGGCCCGGGCGCCGCGCCUCCUGGAGCCCCCCUGGCCCUCACCGCACCCUCCGCCCCCGGCUCCCCGGGCACGCCCGAGAUGCAGGCUCCUCCUGUCGCCGGUCGUCGCAAGUCGCCCUGCGCCUUCCGCGAGUGGAGGCUGCUCGGGCCGUUCCGGAGACCCACCACCCAGCUGCGCGCCAAGGUCUCCAGCCUGUCGCACAAGAUCCGCGCCGGGAGCGCGCAGCGCGCAGAGGCCGCCAGCACCCUGCGCGCGGAGGUGGAGGCGGUGUCUCUGGGAGUCCCCCACGAAGUGGCCGAAGGCGCCACCUGCCAGGCCUACGAAUUGGCCGAUUACAGCAACCUCCGGGAGACUGAUAUUUAAGCACCCCGAGCUAGGCCCUGAGCUAGGCCGGGGAGCGUGCUGGGGGAGGAGGAAAGGGGCUGGGGGUGCGGUGAGAGGAGGGCAGGGAGGGAGGCUGGCUUUGUUCAAGAGGCCGGUGCGGCAUCAGGGACCCGGACACUGAUCAGGGCGGCUGCUCUCUGGCCUCCCUGAGGAACUGGGGCCGGGGUAAGGCCUUUGAAAGUUGACAAGUUUUGGCCCCCUCCUGACACAGGUGCCCGGAGCUCCUUCUUGAAGAGGAAGGGGCUUCGGGCUCCGUGGGGCCACUGGCUCCCAAUCCCUGUUUGAGAAACACUGUCCCAUCCCUGCUCUGAACCCUGGGUAGACAGCCUCAAGUAUGGCCAGGCAGGCCUGCCUCUCCUGGGGAGGAAGGGGCACAGAGGUACUGCUUGGCUCUCUCCAACGCCUCCCCUGGGGAAAAAGUCCAUGGGGCCAAGGCUUCUCAAUGGACACAAUUUCUCCUUACUGCCGACUGGAGGAACCCAGUGGACCUGCCAACACCACCAACAAGCUUUGGUGGCAGAUUGGAUGACCAUCGUACAAGCCUGUUGUAUUGACCCAUGGACCCACUCGCCCCUACAGAGGCUCUAUCAUGCAUACCCCAUCACCCGGCCCUGCCCCUCAUUAUGUCCAAGGGCC